AUGUUCCAGACAAACUGGACAACUAUAACGGAUUUUUUGUUCCUGGGAUUUUCCCUCUACCCCAAAGUUGAGAUCAUCAUAUUUGUAUUGUGCCUGGUGAUGUACCUGGUUACCUUGCUGGGCAAUAUUACUCUGAUCUCCAUCACCAUCUUGGAUUCUCACCUACAUACCCCCAUGUACUUCUUCCUCAGCAACCUCUCCUUUCUGGACAUCUGGUAUACCUCUUCUGCUCUCACUCCAAUGCUAGCAAAUUUUGUGAUAGGGAAAAACAUCAUCUCGUUCUCGGGAUGUGCUGCACAGAUGUACUUCUCUCUUGCGAUGGGGUCCACAGAGUGUGUGCUUUUGUCCUUGAUGGCAUAUGACCGGUAUGUAGCCAUUUGCAACCCCCUCCGAUACCCUGUCAUCAUGAACAGGAAGGUCUGUUUGCAGAUUGCAGUGGGCUCCUGGGUGACUGGCUGCCUCACGGCCCUCGCGGAGACGACGUCUGUACUACAGUUGUCUCUAUGCGGUAACAGCAUUAUCAAUCAUUUCACCUGUGAAAUUCUGGCUGUCUUGAAACUGGUUUGUGUGGACACGUCCGUGGCGGAGUUAAUGAUGCUCAUCAUCAGCAUCCUUCUCCUUCCUAUGCCGAUGCUUCUCAUUUGUGUCUCCUAUGCCUUCAUCCUCUCCAACAUCCUAAGAAUCAGUUCCGUGCAUGGCAGAAGCAAAGCUUUUUCAACAUGUGCUGCCCACUUGACUGUGGUCGUUUUGUUCUAUGGGACAGCUCUCUCCAUGUAUCUGAAGCCUUCAGCUGUAGAUUCACAAGAAAUAGAUAAGUUUAUGGCUUUGGUAUAUGCUGGAUUAACACCCAUGUUGAAUCCUAUCAUCUACAGUCUACGGAACAAAGAGGUAAAAGGGGCUGUAAAAAAAUUGCUUUUUACGAAUCCUUUUAGUACAGCUUUAAUUUCCAUAUUCAAAUAG